AUGCGCCAACUUGACGUGAAAAAUGCCUUCUUGCAUGGCUUCCUUACGAAGAUGUUUACAUGUCCCAACCACCCGGCUUCUCUGAUCCGGAUUCGCCUAACCACGUUUGCAAGCUCCACAAGGCUCUUUAUGGCCUUAAACAGGCCCCUCGUGCGUGGUUCCACCGCAUCAGCUCAUUUCUUCUUGCCGCGGGCUUCAAACAAAGUCUCAGUGACUCUUCCCUCUUCAUUUAUAAUGUUGGUGCUCAUACUAUCUAUCUCCUUCUUUAUGUUGAUGAUAUUAUCGUCACCGGAGAUUUUCCUAGCCUUUUACAAAGCUGGUUCGACAUUAAAGACCUUGGCCCGCUGCACUACUUUCUUGGGUCUUCAGGUUCUCCACCACAAUGGCUGCCUGCACGUCCACCAGCUCAAGUAUGCGGUUAAUCUUUUGCGGAAACAUAACCUUCACCACAGAAAACCGGUCUCCAUGCCCCUUGCAGCCAAGGUCUCUCUCUCUCACCUUGACGGUUCACCCCUUGCGUCCCCUAUUGAGUUUUGGGAAAUUGUUGGCUCCCUCCAAUACCUCACACUUACGCGCCCCAACAUUGCCUAUGCCGUCAACACUGUCACCCAGUUCAUGAGUUCCCCCCAUGCUCCACACCUUAUCGCAGCCAAGCGUAUCCUUCGCUAUGUGAAGGGCACUCUUGAUCAUGGUCUUGUCUUCCGUCCUAGCCUCUCACAGCACGCCUCAGUGCCUACUCUAAUGCCAAUUGGGCUGGGUGCCCUGAUACUCGACGCUCCAUGA